AUUUUUUGUCAAAUGAAAACAAAAAAACUCUAAUGAUGAAAUCGUGUUUACAUUUUAAUUGAGUUUAUAGACUGUGAUUAAAAUUGUUAUUAAAGAAUUUAAUUGUUAAUUGAUUGAUUAGAUUACAAUGAAUGUAAUGAGUGGAAUCAAUAGGAAGUUAAAUCAAAAUGAAGGUCGUCAAAUCGUUGAUUAUAUUAAUAAGCGGAUCGAGGAAAAGGCUGAUAUGGAAAGACGUGGUAUACCUUUUUUUAAGGCUGAUAGUGAAGCCUUUGAGAGCCAAGAUAUCAAAAGAUUGACCAUUUUAGAUAAGGUAUUCAAAACUCGGACCAAUCCUUUAAAAUCUAAAAGGGUAAAAGAGUUUAAAAUUGCAAGAGCUCAUAAACCUUUUUGGUGUGAACUGGCUGGUUUUAUGAAUAUGACCAAUUUGGGGCUAAAAAAGAUCGUCCUGUCAAGAAAACAAAAGAAAAUGAUAAAAGAUCUUUACCCGUUGCCACAUUGAGUCAACUUGAUCUUAUAUCGAAACCUUCAUCAGAACCAUCACCGGAACCAUCACCAGAUCCUUCACCGGGAUCAUCACUUGACCAUUCUCACAUGUCUGAAUCUUUUGAAGAUGAUGGAGAUGAUGAAGAUCCAUUCAGCUGGAGACAAAAGGAAAGUUUAUUUUAUCAUUGAAAAAAUUAACAUGAGCAAAAACCAUUUAUUCAGUUACUUUUUGUAAUCUCGUCGAAAUGAAAGUUUAUUAACAAUUUGAUUUGUGUCAUAUAAUCAAACAAAAAAGAA